AAAAAAAAGUCAAAGACCAUUGGCUGACUAAAAAAGAAGCUAACCUUGCUUCACCGUGUCAAGUUUCCCUGGUCUCCUCCCUACAUCUCCCGUUUCGUAAUGAAUCUACUCCAAGUUCCAUAUAUUCAGUAAGGUUUUCCCAUAUCAGAUUUCGCGGACAUUAAUGGGACUGAAGGAUCUUGAUCUUAAGCUCAAGGUAUUCAGGCUGAAACGCUUUCUGAUAGGAAAUGGCUGGGGCAAUAAAAGAGAGCUGGAGAUUUCCAGGAGACCUUCAUGGAUGAUACCAGUAUCACACGGCUAUUAUGUCGUUGAGGAUCAAUCAUUUAGAUAUGGUUGGGACGAGUCCGACUAUGACUCUGACUCUGUCGUGGUACAGAGAGAGCAAAUUGAAGAGCUUGAGCUGUGGUUUUUUGGAGUUUUCGAUGCUCAAGUUGGAGAUGGAGUUACCAAGUACAUGCAAUCCCAUUUGUUUGACAAGAACCUAAAACAGCAGUCUCAGAUAAGGAGAAAGAGCAAAGAGACAAUGAGAAAGGCAUACCUUAGUGCAAGAGCAAAGAUCAGGGAGAUGCAGAAAGCAGAUGAGACAGGGAGAGCGGGUUCAGUAUCUGUGUUGGUGACCAACGCAGAAAAGCUCGUGACAGCUUUCAUGGGAGACUAUAGAGCUGUUGUCUGCAGAGAUGGUAUGGCUCAUCAGAUAAGAAACACAGGCCGGCAUUUAUCCAGAAGACAUUGGUCUCGGAGACUCAAAUCGGUACGAAUAUUCGGAUACAAUUUGGGCAAAGCAAGUAAGCAAUCCAAAGGCGGCUCUGAACUUCUUGUUGGCUCCGAAAGAAUUGAUUCCAGUACUGAGUUUGUCAUCUUAGCAAGCACUGGCAUAUGGGAGGUCAUGAAGAACCAAGAGGCUGUGAAUCUCAUCAGGCACAUAGAAGAUGCACAAGAAGCCGCAGUGUGCUUGGCAAAGGAGGCUUUAACUAGAAUGAGCAAAAGCAACAUUUCUUGCUUGAUCAUUCGCUUUGACUAACAAGUUUCAUUUUUCUUUCCUCAGAACAGAAAUCAGAAAAGUCUUUUACAGUGAAUAGUUUCACUGCAUCUUGUUUUACAGACAAGCUAGAGUUCCUCUUUUUUUUAUGUGUAGUUUGAAUGAAAGGGCAUGGCAUAUGCUUUUAUGCUCUAUAGAAUAAAACGAUAGGUAAAAAACACAAUAG